AUGGCAUCCAACACUACAGUCAAGAUGCCAGGCACAACGAAAAUGACACCUGACCUAGUUUUCAGUGAAGAAAUGGCUUUCGCAAUCAUUAUCAUCUUUCACCGUGCGAUCUUUCCUUCUAUGGGCGUGUUGGGAAUAGCCGGUAAUGUGACCAGCAUGGUGAUACUGACACGUCGAGGACUGAGAAAAUGUUCUAACAUACUUCUCUUGUCGCUGUCUGUCUCUAAUGUGACUUUCUUGAUUGGUGUCAAUAACUUUACUCAACAUAUAUACAGUAACAAUGAUCCUGAAGGAUUCCAAUUCUCUAAAUCUAUCAAUUACGUGUGUUAUAUAUGUCAUUUAAUAUGUAACUUGGCAUAUGCACUGGGAGUGACCAUGGGUCCGCUGAUCCCUAUUCUAAUAACAGGCGAGCGUAUAAUAGCCAUAUUUUGUCCACUCAAAGCAAAUUUUAUCUUAACACCCAGGCGUACAGUAAUUACCCUGCUCUGUUUCUUUUUGGUAACUGGACUAUAUUGCUUCUAUCACGAGAUACUUUGUGUACAGUUGAAGACAUAUGUCAUAAAUGGAGUCACCACAACCUUGAUUGUCGACAGUGAUAUGUGGAGGAAUCAUGUUAACAGCGGUCUGUAUCAGCUGUUAGAGCACAUAUUAAAUUACCUGACAGGAAUAAUAGCUCUUGGUAUGAUUACUGUAGGCUGUGUAAUUAUUGGGCUCAAGAUCAUAUACAUCACCAAGAGACGCCAACAGCUAACUUCGAGGGUCAAUGCGAGCACGAAACGCGGCAUAACAAAGACAACUAAAACUUUACUGAAGAUUUGUUUCCUGUAUAUUGUGUGUUAUGGUUCUGCGUUUGGGCUGGCUUACAUUGUAGAGAAUAAACUACAACAAUGGUCUGUUAUACGUGUGGUAGUGUGUGUUCAUAACCUGAUAGUUUGUAUCAACUGUCUUGGGGACUUUCUUAUAUAUGUCGCAUCUAACGCAACUUUCUGGACGUCGAUUACAGUGUUUCGAAGAAUGAAAACUUCAUUCUGGAAGUAA